CAGGCAGAUUCAAAUGUGUUGCACACAGACUUGGUAAAUAACCCCAUAUCGGAGUGGAGAAAAGGAAAGUGAAUUAAAUGUUUGAAGAACACAAACAUACUCAUGAGCUUGUAAAAAUAUAAUAUUGAACAAAAACAAGGAAUUCGGUGAAGCUGUUGCAUCAGAAAAGUCGCAAAAAGGCAAAACAAGACACGUGGCAUGUUACGGUUCAAAAGAAAUUAACAAACCCUGCAUAAAAAGUCUCAAACAAAAAAAGGGAAGAUGUCAGAGCAACGGACAGAGCAAAACACAGAGCUUCUGGAAAUUUCCCCUACAUCUCAUCACACUGAAAAGUCACCUGAGAUUAGAAUCAUAUUGAUUGGGGGUCGAGAGUUAUUUGGAAGAGAAGCAAGUGGAAAAAGUACAACAGGAAACAUCAUUCUGGGCAGAAAUGCUUUUGAAGUUGGAAGAAGAACCGCCCGGUCUGUUAAAGCAGAGGGAGAAGUACAUGGAAGACAUGUGACUGUGGUUGACACACCAGGCUGGUGGUGGCAUUAUUCUGUGGAAAACACUCCAAACUUUGACCGACUGGAAAUCAUGAGAAGUACAACACUGUGUCAACCUGGACCUCAUGCCUUUCUUCUGGUCAUUCCCAAAGAUAUAAGAUUUGUACAAAUGAAAAGAAUGGCUUUGGAGAAACAAUUAGAGUUUUUGUCUGAGACAGUCUGGAGUCACAUCAUUGUGUUAUUCACCUCUAUUGCUCCAUAUGAUGACAACACUUUAAAAAAUAGUCUUAGAAAAUGGCCAGACCUCCAGUGGCUUCUACAGAAGUGUCAGAACAGAUAUCACAUUAUUAAUAUUAACAACAGCAAAGACAGCUCUCAAGUGAUCACACUGCUGGAAAAAAUUGAGAAAAUAAUAGCUCAAAACAAUGGUCAAUACUUAAUGGACAAAAGUGCCUUUGCACUGGAUGAGAGAGAGGACACAACAACUAAAAGCGCCAACAAGAGAAUUCUUGCUAUGGAAACACGAAGAGCUGAAUUCCAAGCACACAUUAGAGAUGAUCUACAAGAUCUAACUCAAAUACAAAUUGUGAUGCUUGGAGCAUCAUGGGCUUCAAGGAGCUCUGCAGGCAACCUCAUUCUUGGAAAAGAAAGUUUUGAAGUUGGUGGACCAAGGACAACAGUGUGUUGUAAUGUUAAAAAUGCAGCAGUGGAUGAAAAACUGCUGACAGUGGUCGACACUCCAGGCUGGUACUACAACUAUCCUGUUGAAAAGACACCAGAGAUGGACAAACUGGAGAUCAGACGCAGUGUGCAUCUAUGUGCACCUGGUCCAAAUGCUAUCCUGUUAACUAUUCCCAUUGCCAUAUCUUAUGACAGGACAGUACACACAGCUGUUGAGGAACAUAUGAGUCUUUUAGGGGAAAAGGUCUGGAAUCAUACAAUUGUGCUGUUCACGUGGGGAGACUGUCUUGGGGACACAACUAUUGAAGAACGUAUUGAAAAAGAAGACAAACAUCUUGAGCUUCUGAUUGAAAAGUGUGGGAACAGAUACCAUGUUUUUGACUGUAAGAAUCACACUGACCGCACACAAGUCACAGAACUUUUGGAGAAAAUUGCAGAAAUGAUGAUGGAAAACAACAACUCUCACUAUGUACCAGAGAUGGAAAGCAAUCCGUGUCUGGAAAUUGACCUGAUGCUGAAAACAACUAGAACAAACAUGAAAAAGGUGAGAAGGGAAAGGGCUAUCCUGCAGGAGUUGCUUAAGGAAAGGAAAAAACAUCUUUCAGAACUGAGGAUUGUGCUUCUUGGAGUUGAAGGAGUUGGGAAAGGUACAUCAGGAAAUAUCAUUCUGCAAGGACAAUUUUUUGAGAAUAGGCUGGGAAAGGACUUUAAAAUCAUGAGAAUAAGUCAAUGUGUAAUGCGACAGAGUAAAGUUGGAGGAUGUCAAAUCUCUGUGGUUGACGCUCCAGGCUGGUCAACAUCAACUCGAAAUGCAAGAAAAGACAUUUUAAACAGUGUGAAAGUUUGCUCACCAGGUCCACAUGUAUUCCUGCUAGUGCUGCCUGUAGAUGAGGCUUUUACAGAGAAAACUCAACAAACAGUGAUGGAGCUCAUGGGCCUUUUUGGAGCGCGAGUCUGGAGACAUACUCUAAUUUUAUUCACUGAGGGGCACUGGCUAAAGGACAGACCGACUGAGGAGUACAUUGUGUAUGAAGGAAAAGCCCUUCAGAGCCUGGUAGAAAGGUGUGAAAACAGGUAUUAUGUACUAGUGAAUGACUUGGGUAAUAAAUCUCAAGCCACUAAAUUAUUUGAGAUGACUGAAGACACAGUAGCAAGAAACAGAGGGGAAUACUUCACUCUAGAAAAGAAGAGGAGAGAUUCAACAUCCCAAAAAUAUGCAAGGUCAAAGACACUGACGGAAGAGACAUGGAAAAAACAUGAGGAUGAACUCAUAGAGAGGAUGCUGGAGGUAGCAGUUGCAGACCUGGAUGCUGAAUCCAAGCAGCCAUUUGCCAGACGCAGAGGAAGCUUUAGCUACGCAAUCCCUAGUAUGAGUGGAGAAUUUCAAAGCACCAGAGCUGAUGCACAAAACCCUGCUGUACCUCAAAGGCUCCAGCCUAAAAAAUGUCAAGUACCAUCAUCUGGAUAUCACAGCAAGAGCAAUACAUCCCAUUCUGAAGAUCAAAUGACAGAUGAUGUCAAAAAAGAUAUUCCAACUCAUUCAAGAGAUUUGAGUGGAGAUUCAUUGUCGGAUAACACCAGUGUUUCUACAGCUGAUACACAAAUCUCUGGUGUACGUUCACUUUACCUGUAUGCCAUGUAUAAAUUAUUUUAUAAAUCUGGACAUCACAACAAGAGCACUAGCUCAAGUUCUCAACAUCCAAAUGUGGAAAAUAUCAGAAAAGACAUUCCAACAGCCAAAAACCAGCAGACUGGCAUGGACUCAGAUAUGUGACACUAGACCACAAAACCAGUCUUAAGUCGCUGGGGUAUAUUUGUAGCAAUAGCCAAAAAUACAUUGCA